UAGACCUCCAGUACAAUGCAAAGUGCAACUGAUAUAUUCUUUAUUUUCGAGUAAAUACAGUGAUGAACAGUUUUCCAUAUUUCCUUGGGCAUAUACAUGUGCAUAAUACUCUUAGACAACAUUAUGAAUGGAGUUGGUGUCAACUAAGAGGAUGAAGGGAGUAACAACAUUCCAUUGACAGCUGAUGUCACCUGGUCGCCAUGGCAACCUUAAUAGAGGCUGCAAAGGCCGGUAACCUAACUCAGGUGCGUCGGAUCGUGCAUGGGGGACGGACCGAUAUCAACUGCAGGGAUAGUGAGAAGAAAGGAACACCGCUCUUCUGGGCUGCAAAUGGUGGUCAUGAUGAGAUCGUGACCCUGCUGCUCAAUAAUGGAGCUGAUAUAGAGAUCCCGGUCAAGUUUGGAAUGACCCCUCUCCUAGCCGCUGCGGACAGGAAACAUCUUACAACCGUCCAACUACUAUUAUUACAGGGGGCGAAUGUCAAUGCCCAGAACCAGAAUGGUGACACUGCGCUGCACCUGGCAGCAUAUCGGGGCUCAGGACGUCUCUGCACUCUACUUAUUGAAUGGGGAGCGAGCAGAACUUUCUUGAAUAAUAUUGGCAAAACAGCCCAACAAGUAGCAGAGGCAGAACAACACAGGUCCAUCAACAAACUCCUGGCACCAGAGACUAAUCAUAAAGCUGUCUGUCGGAGCUCGUCACUGCCCUCGGCCCAUCACAGCUCUAGUGCUGUCGAAACCACCUGGAGAGAGCCUAAAGUAGCAAGCGAGAGCGACGAUUCACCAUUCUAUGAGAACGAUGAGGAAUGGACUAGUCUUCAGCGGAAAUUAGCUAAGGCACCCUUACACCAAGUCAUGGCAAUCAGGAGAGAUGGAGAGGUGACAAGAAGUUAUUCAGCUCAACAGUUGGACAAAGUUGGCAGAAUGUCUCCACCAUGUAACCAUCAAAAUAUUCCUCACCUGAGAAGUCCGCAUCUCUAUCCGGAAGAUGCCUCAAGGCCAUCGCGUCGAGGAUCCGACCCUCAGACAAAACGGGAGAGCACGAGGAAAGUUGUUUAUGUAGAUGGUUAUGAUGACUUUCCAGGAGUUCUGAAUCAUGGCAAAAGGUGGAGUCCUCCAUUGCAUAAGCAACACUUGGAGACCACACCCGUAAUGCAAUACCGUGAUAUACCAUCGCAGAGAGAUGGUCAUCGGGAGUUUCAGGAGUCCUCUGGAAAUGGAUUUAGCUACAGAACAAAUGGGCAACAUGAGCAUUCAGUUCCAGGCUAUUAUAGGAGAGAUAUCAGUUCUGAAUAUAACAUCCCUUUGUCAACCGUUAGGAACGGAAGAGACAUAACCCAUCGGUUGAGUCCAGAAACACCAAGGUCAAAGAAACUUGGUGAUGAACACAGACAGCAUACAGGAAUUCUAGCAAAUGCUGGAAGUGCAAUGGCAAACAGUGGGUAUAAAAGACACAAUAGCCAUGUACAGUGGAAUCCUGAUGUUCUGAGUGGCCACAAAAACUAUGAGCAAAACUCUCAGGGAAGUUAUGCAUUUUCUGAUCAACCCAAUGGCCAUAGAUCACAGCAUCAAAGACUGACACAAGAUUUGGGUUCAGAGGCCACAGGAUAUGGAAGACAAAGAACAUUAGGAAAGAACAAUUUGCAGAAUGUUGAAAGGAAUAUUCAUGACUGUCCUAGAGAAGUACAAGAGUCUGAAGUCAGACAGUUGCAUUCUGUUAUUGAGAAGCUAAUAGAGGAUAAACUGACUCUAAAAGAACAGAAUCAGGUGAUGGGGGAGAGACUGAAUAGGUUAGAGUCGGUGCUGGAUGCUGCGUUAGCUGCGGACACCAGCUCUGAGGAAUCGUUGCAAACAUCGUCAGAUUCGGACCUGGUCCAAGCCCUGGCCAGACAGUUGGACUCGAAUUUUGGGAGGAGGUCAAGACUAGAACAGUUAUGUUUGAAGUUGGUGAAUGAUAAUCAAAGACUGCAUGCACUUGCAGCGUCAUCAGGCAGGAGAGACCACUAUGGCAUCGUCUCGAAGGACAACAGUGGCUAUUCUGAACAUCCUGUCUACAGAAGAAUUGGACAAAGCAUACCAAACAGAAACCCAGAUCUAUUACCUCAACAUGAAAGUGAAUAUUCAAGUACGAGUAGUCCUUCUAAUCAGUCAACCAGUUCAUCUUCAUUGUCACCGUUGUCUGAUUCAUCUUUGACUUAUGAUUAUGGGAGUUGUCCUGAUCAUGUAGCAUCAUCAAAAGAGAUACCUGACCAGGAAAACUCAUCCUUUGGAAGGUCUUCGGACAUGCAAAAGACCCUUUGCACGGCUUUUGCUGCGGAGUGCUGGCGCUCUCUUAAUUCUAGCUUCCCCCGAGUGACCUUCCAAAGUGGGAACGUUGCUAGCUCUGUCACAAAGGUCGGAGGUAUACCCCUUCCCUCUAAGAACAGAACUGAAAACAUUAAAAGGGUCUUGCAAGCAAUGUGUGAGGAUGAUAAGCACUUGAACUCGAGAGGGCAGUAUUCAACCCAAUUGACUGAUGGAGAACGGUCAGACUUUAGUCACAGUGUGACAAUUUUAGAGAAAUUGAGACCAACUUCUGAUUCUGAUAGCAAUAUACUUUCACACUUCAAGUGUUUGAUUAAUAACAGAUUGUGCAUAUUGAAGGUAAUGAAAUUAAGCAGGGUUGAUUAUCAAGAUUUUGAUGGAGAUGUAGAGGAGAGGAUUCCACCUACCCCACACCUACAUCUACCCUUCCAUCACUUAGACGUUUCCCUUCCUAGAGAGGGAAGGUUUGAACAGCAGCUCCAGGUGAAGCUCCAGGACAACCUGAAAAGGGGCAUGGAGAAUGUUCCAAGGAGCAGGGAAUAUCAUCAAGGAACCCAGAAAGCAGGGCACCGUCCUUCAGGAGAAGCCAGAUUACACAGGGACAUCGACUUCCAACGACCUGAUAAAGAUGUUUUCCGUUGUAAGGUGUACCCGUUUGUCAUGACCCUUCAGGAGUUGUUUAGUUUAGGGAGGGAUAAUGGAGGGGAGGAGGCAAGGCCCUGCACCGACAUUGGUGUCGUCCGCAUCCUCCUCCAGCUCCUUCUGGCGGUGGAGCACCUGCAUCGAGAGGGCGUGGUCCAUGGCAACAUACAUCCUGGGUGUGUCUUUGUGACAGAGGACAUGAGGAUUGUUCUAGGAGAUCUGGAGGAUGCUCGAAGGUUCGGUGGGAGCGAUGGGAAAGUACCAAACAUCUCAAACACAGCUUCUGGUCUCCAAGGGGUAACUUCAGGUCAAAGUUCAAAUGAAAGUGACGAUGUAUUUGCUAUAGCAACCACACUCUGCCAGCUCCUUGGGUCAGGAAUGGGCUCUUCCUUCAGUCCAGCUGAAGUUACCGACCGAAAUGUUACCGCCCCUCCAGACUGGUUAUCAAGAAAUCUUCAUAGCCUACUCACAGAGAUGCUUAGCAGUCAUCCCAAAGAUAGGCCGCCUGUGAAGUCGGCUUCGUUAAGAACGGCAGCCAUGUUGUACGGCCCUGGACCAGAUGAAGUCAAGAGUGAGGUGGAUUGUGGGGAAUGGUUGAUAUCUCAAGCUCUACACCUCAUCAUUACCGCACCCAGGGACCAAGCUGCCUCAUGCCCAGCGGGGGAGCCUGACUGUGGGGAUGCUGUUCAUAGAUUCGACUGGGGUCUCUGCAGGGACUUCAUCCUUGGUGUGACACCAGAGAAGCUCUGGCAACUCUGCCAACAACGUCCCAAGACCUGACUGUUGCCCUACUUCCUCAGAGAUAUAUAGCGCCAUCACCUGCUCCGAGGGGCUGGAUAUUAAGGGAAUUAUGAUAGGGAUCGCUGCUAAGAGAGUAUGCAUACAGAUCAGUCUGUCUGGCUCUUCUGAGGUGUUUUGGCCAAUCAGCUGCUGCCAUCCUGUACAGACAAGAUUGCCUACAUCCUCUUGGGAGACAGGCGCCCUCUAUAGUUUGUACAAGGUACAGGAGUUAAAAAAAUCAAGAUGAAGCAUUGUCAGCAGCACAAAUGUAUCUCAGACAUGAUGGGCUUCACCUUCUCAAGAGUGAUGUAGCCGUGUGCUGAUCCAUAAGCGAUGUGUGUAUGUAGUAGAGUGGCUCCCUCUAUAGUUUCGCUUCUUCAAAGAGAACAUGCCACCAAGCCCAAGGAUGGAAAAAAAAUCAAUAUCAACAUCUACAGCAUCAUCAAUAUAAAUGAGCACAGACAUGAUAGGUUUCAUUAAUUCUAGAGAGAUGUAGCCUUUUUCCGACACUAGAUAGAUAUGUGGCUCCCUCUAUAGUUUUGCUUGUUGAUUGAGCAUUUACACAUAAACCAAGCCCCAAGAUGAAAAUAAUCAACAUGAAGCACUAUCAGUAUAUGAGUGAAGUCUAGACAUGAUAGCCUUCACUUACUCAAGAGAGGUGAUGUCUUUUACCAAUCAUAGAUCGACGACCAUGUGUAGCAGAAAGGCUCCCUCUAUAGUUUUGCUUCUUUGCUUAGCAUUUAUAUAAAGAAUUUACCGUAUAGAGGAUGAUAAUAAUCAAGAUGAAAUGUCGGUAGCAUUGAUUGAAGCCAUCCUGCACAGAUUUGAUUGGCUUUUGCUGCCCGAGACCAGUAGACCUACAGCAGUGUGCAGCUAUUUAUUUUGUUACUUAGGCGUAUCAAUAUGACUUUGUAUGUAGAAAUAGCAGAAAUUGAAGCAUUAGUAAUAGUAGUCCUUGAAGUAUUAUUAGUUGUAGUUGUAUUAGUCUUAGUAAAAACAUUAUAGUUAUGCUGAAGUACAUUUUAAAGGAACAAUCUUUUGUAGAAAUAGAUACCAGCAGUGUAUAUCCAAAAUGAUUUGUAUAAAAGUAUUGCAAUAGAAAGAGUGCACAGGGUAUGUAUGGUUGCUAUAAAAUGCUAAAUACUUUCUCCAUUACAUUUGUCAUUUUCAUGCCGUCUUCUAUACUCAAGUCAGUACCUCUAAAGAGCUCAUGUAUCUCAAGCAAGGAAAGUGUGUGGAAUUAGGUCUUAGACCAAUGCCCUGUUACACAAAUAUAAAUGAACAAAUCUCUGGUUAGUGUUUUGAACCGAAUGAUUGCGAACAGUUCUGUUGCAGAGGAGCUAAGGGAAAGGUUACUACUGUUACGGCUCUGUCACAUCGUUCCGUGCAAGCCUUGCGUGUGACUUGUGGGUAACUAUUUUUGCCACUGGCAUGUCGCCGCAUUGACAGAAUCUCGCACGCAUCUCACACGCAGUUGCCCGCAGUAGCACACGCAAGUCUGAUUUGCAUGCAGAAAAGUUUUGAACAUGCUCAAAACUUUUUUGCUCCUGCAAGGCUUGCACGGAAGGAUGUGACAUGGCCUUUAGCUUCCGAGGUUUUUUUUUGUUCAUAAAUAGUAAGCAUGCCUUACAGUCAUGAUUAAGCUUGAUAUUCAAUAUGUUGUGUGAUUUGAAGUCACAUACAAUCUUUGUUACCCCCUCCCCCACCCCCUGGUGGAUUAUUAUGUUGGACUCAACAAAAUUGAAGUUGUGAUUCCAACAGGUUGCUUCUAUUCAUCUCUUAUUUCAAUCACAAUUGCUAUCCUCUUGUGUCAAAAGUUCUAUUAUUUUUUUUUCCAUGAUAGUCUAUAUCUCAUCUAAUCAUUGUUCAGGUGUUUUUUUUUUUUGGGGGGGGAGAAAUUGUCUCAAAAUGAUUGAGAAAUGUUGAUAAAAACACAUCGAAGAAACUAUAUAUGCUGUAAAUUUUGAAGUCACAAAAAAAAAAAACUUGUUUGCUGAAAGUCACAUACACCACUCAAUGAUAUGCACAUAUGUAUUUCAAUAAAACUUGUGGAAACCAAAAUAUUAUGCCUAAGAUGUAAGUUAAAAGCCCUAUAUUUUAUGAUAGUCCCUGGUGUGUGUAGGGAACAAAAUAUAAUAUUUGAUAUAUAAAGUUAGCAUUUUAUAUCUUUAUCAAAUUGUUAUUGUUGAUUCCCAUGAAGCAAUAUAUUUCUUACCUGAAUCAUUGAAGGAAUAGUGUGAUAUUGUAUAUGAAUAAUUCUUUAUAAUACUAUUUGAUAUAUUGACCCAUUGAAGGAUAAGAAUCCGUUUUCCAUGGUGCACACCGAUUGAAGAUUGCCAAUAUAGAAUGUGUAAAUAAAGAAAGUUAAACCUAGAAAGACCACUUGUUUAUAAGGAAUAAAAUUAUACUCCCCAUUGAAAUGUGAUUAUCACAAGAACUUGUCUAAUUCAUGAAAUUAGUCCCGAGUCAUUUCGUUUAUUUUGAAAAGCGUUUGAAUGCUAUUAGUUAGCGGGCGGUUUGGUUUACCGGCGGGGGUUAAAGAAAAUAUUUCCCCAAAAGUUGCUGAAAAUUAUCAUUUUACAUCUUCACAUCCAUGAAGUGGCCAUUUAUUUUCCAUAUUUCCUUGAAAUUGUUUUCAUUUAGUUGUAGUCUAUCAAGAAAAUGAAGAAUAUUCCCUUCUUUCUUGAGUCUGAUAGAUCGUUUUCAGUUGAUGUCAUACUCCAUCAACGAAAAUGAAAGUCUACAUGUGGGACUACAAUAAUGUGAAAUCUUGUUAUCAAUUGCAAUAUGCAGGCUACUUAUAUAUUGCUCCAUUUGAUUCGUCGAGAGCAAAUUUGCCAUUUUAUUUCAGCGUUUGUCAUUGAUCAUAAGUCUCAUGAAAUUUGGCCUUGAUACUCAUCUCAUUACAGAACACUUUGGUGACAUUUAUGCCAAGGCCAAAGUAAAAAAAAGUGUUGCCAAGUUGUAAUCAGUUUCUUCCUCGAAUAAAAAGUGUCACAAGAGCUCAAGUCUGAUAUAAAAGAAUAGGAGUAUUUCAAACUUUCCAUAUCUUUCUAUUGCUCAUUGUGAACAGUAAAUAUCGCUCAAAUUAUAACCUUUGCAAUUUGUAAAUAAAGAAAAGUAAAAAAUGCAAUAUUAAUUGUGUUUCACGAAUGAUUAUGCCUUAUUUAUUGUAUACCUCUAAAAGUAGACAAAUCUUUAGUAUAUCGAGUAGACCUUUUUAAGCUUAUCAAAUGUAUCUGGAAAUAUUUUGAGAGUCUGGUCAGUUGACAAAAUAAUGAUGAAUAAAUUUACACUACUUGGAAUCUAGUACAUCCUUGUAAAACACUUAGGACUGUUUUGUGAAAGCAGCCCCCCCCCAAAAAAAUAUAACAAUUCAUUCUCAGAUCAAUGAAAAAUAACAUGAGUAGAAAUUGGAUAAGCUGUACUUAUACAUGCAUGGAUAGUUAAUGGAAAUAUAUAUAUUUAGAUGGGGAAAAAAAUUGAGUGAUAUUCAUCAUAAUUCAUUCUCAGAUCAGUCAAAAAUAAGUCUGAGUCUUGCUCAUAUGAGUAGAAUAUUGCAUGCGUCCUACUCAUAUUGGCAGGAAAUUUCACACUCAUUUUAAAAACAAAAGUCACAUGAGUUGUACUCACAUGGUAGAACAUUGGGUAAUUCAUUCCUAGAUAAGUUCAAAAUGCAUGAGGUAUACAUGUACUCGUAUGAGAAGAAUAUUGUAAAAUUUAUACUUAAAUCAGGAAAACACAAUAUGAGCUGUACUUAUAUCAGAAAAUUUCACGAUUCAUAGUCAGAUUAUAUUUUCAAAGAUCUUGCUCGAAUGAAAAAAAUGAGUUUGAAUUUUCAUCCUGGUAUUUAAAAGCAGGUGUAAGUAGGCAGUUAUUGUUGAUUAUUCUUCUUUGUAUUGAAUUGUGGUACUGUAUAACUUUACAUUAUAUUCAUGUAUUCAAGAGUUCUUCAUUUAAUGGAGAAUUUAUACAAAACUAAGCAUAAAUAAUAAUGUGGACAGUGUGUACAUGUAUGUGAUUAGUGAUCUCACUUCCAUUGGGUAAUAGUAAUGGCUUUAAGGAGAGGUAUAUUUUAAAUGCAGUGUUUCAAUGGAAAUGUAUCAUCGUUGGUGAAAUCAUGUUUCUACUUUUCGAAUUUUGUCGAAUACCUGUGAAUUUUCCUCGAGUAGCUUUGUAUACUUUAUUGUGCUACAAAAGUCUGAAUGAAUUCCCCAAUCUCGGAAAUGACUCCCAUGUGAGAAAACACCUGGAUUUAAACACUGUUGUAAUUUGUAUAGGAAAUGUAACUCAAAUAUUGCGGAUGUUUUAAAUCACUACUUUUUACACUAAUAUAUGUAUACCUUUGAUAACCUGUAUAUGGGAGUAAUUAAUCAUAAUUGGAGACAUACAUGUCACUUGUCAUAAGACAGUUGGAAAUGUAUAAAAUUUAAAGGCAUAUAUUUAUUGGAAAACGUCCUUCUUUUUUGCUUUUCAGAUUUUCCUGAACAAAAAUGCCCCACCCCAUCCCCCUUUUAAGAAUCCUUGAUCAACCCUUGUAUGUGUAGGUCCAUUUUUGUUUUGUUCAGCAAUUCAUGCUUGUACAAUUAAUUAUUAUUACCACAGAAAAUCAUUUCUAAAAUAUUUUUGUUUCUCAGAAAGCAUUCUCAAAUUUUUUCAAGUCCAUCACAACUCAAAAUUGUAUGAUUUUUAAAAACUAUAUUGUAGCCUUUUCAAUGCUUUAAAAUAUGUAUGGUGUACCAGUGGGUGCUUAUAUGGAGAACAUUAAUAAUAUACCUAUCUUAUGGUUCUUGAUGAGUAUGUUAAAGGUCAGUCCCAGAUGUAAAUAAUCAUAUCAUUGAAAUUCUUUUACAGGUAGGAACACACAUCUCUAGCAUUUAAAAAUGCUUUAAAAAUCAGAUUUAGAAAAUUGCUAUACAUCUGUAAUCGAAGAAGAAAUGUUUUUGCAUCAAUUUUUUUGACAAAAAUAAAACAAAUUCUUGCUUUGAUCAAAGCAACUUUAUAGUAAGCUAGACACCCAAUUUCUGAUAAUUUGGUAACAGGGUGAAAGUUCUUUCAUCAUGUAAGUGUACCAUACAUUUUGUUAACAUCCAUGUGUUGGUUUACUUUACAUGUAUUGUUGCAUCAUUAAUUGAUUCUGUUUCUAAUUCCUGUAUGUGUGGCUUUCAGUUUUCCAUCUAUUCAUAUUGAGAAAGCGGUGUAAAAUACUAUUUAUUUCAUCAAGUGAGUGUAUAUCAAAUAUAUGUGAUAUUUAUGUAUAAAAACCAUUGUUUCUUCCUACAGUGAUAGAUUUGUUUAAAUCAGUGAUGAAUAGCUAUCGCAGUAUCAUAAAUAACAAUGCUAUCUUGUACUCAGACGAUAAAUUAUACAUUGCAAUGGAAUAAAGCAAGCCAAAGAGAAGUGAUA